GCAAGCGGAGGCGGAGGCGACCGAGUGUUGAGUGGAACCUGCGGGAUCUGCCGCGAUGGGAUCGGGCGCGGCCUCGCCCUUUGGGGUCCUCCGGCUCCAGUGGCUGCUGCUGUUUGGCUUGGUGGGCCCAGUUCUCGGUGGGGCUCGGCCAGGUUUUCAAGAGACCUCACAUCUCUCUUCUUAUGAAAUUAUAACUCCUUGGAGAUUAACUAGAGAACGAAGAGAAGCCCCUAGGCCCUAUUCAAAACAGGUGUCUUAUAUCAUUCAGGCUGAAGGAAAAGAGCAUAUUAUUCACUUGGAAAGGAACAAUGACCUUUUGCCCCGAGAUUUUGUAGUUUAUACCUACAACAAGGAAGGGGCUCUGAUCUCUGACCAUCCUGAUAUACAGAAUCAUUGUCAUUAUCGGGGCUAUGUGGAGGGAGUUUAUAAUUCAUCCAUUGCUCUUAGCGACUGUUUUGGACUCAGAGGAUUGCUGCAUAUAGAGAAUGUGAGUUACGGGAUUGAACCCCUGCAAAACAGCUCUCGUUUUGAGCACAUCUUUUAUCGAAUGGAUGAUGUCCACAAAGAGCCUCUGAAAUGUGGCAUUUCCAACAAGGAUAUAGAGAAAGAAACCAUAAACUAUGAAGAGGAAGAGCCUCCUAGCAUCACUCAGCUACUUCGAAGAAGAAGAGCUGUCCUGCCACAGACCCGAUAUGUGGAGCUGUUCAUUGUCGUAGACAAGGAAAGGUAUGACAUGAUGGGAAGAAAUCAGACUGCAGUGAGAGAGGAGAUGAUCCGUUUAGCAAACUACUUGGAUAGUAUGUAUAUUAUGUUGAAUAUUCGAAUUGUGCUAGUUGGACUAGAGAUUUGGACAAAUGGAAACCUGAUCAACAUAAUUGGAGGUGCUGGUGAUGUGUUGGGGAACUUUGUACAGUGGCGGGAAAAGUUUCUCAUAACACGUCGGAGACAUGACAGUGCACAGCUAGUUUUGAAGAAAGGUUUUGGUGGGACUGCAGGAAUGGCAUUUGUGGGAACAGUAUGUUCAAGGAGCCACGCAGGCGGGAUUAACGUGUUUGGGCAAAUCACAGUGGAGACGUUUGCAUCCAUUGUUGCUCAUGAGUUGGGUCAUAACCUUGGAAUGAAUCAUGAUGAUGGCAGAGAUUGUUUUUGUGGAGCGAAGAGCUGCAUCAUGAAUUCAGGAGCAUCAGGUUCCAGAAACUUUAGCAGUUGCAGUGCAGAGGACUUUGAGAAGUUAACUUUAAAUAAAGGAGGAAACUGCCUUCUUAAUAUUCCAAAGCCUGAUGAAGCCUAUAGUGCUCCCUUCUGUGGUAAUAAAUUGGUGGAUCCUGGGGAAGAGUGUGACUGUGGUACUCCAAAGGAGUGUGAAUCUGACCCUUGUUGUGAAGGAAGUACUUGUAAACUUAAAUCAUCUGCCGAAUGUGCAUAUGGUGACUGUUGUAAAGACUGUUGGUUCCUUCCAGGAGGUACUUUAUGCCGAGGAAAAACCAAUGAAUGUGAUGUUCCAGAAUAUUGCAAUGGUUCUUCUCAGUUCUGUCAGCCAGAUGUUUUUAUUCAGAAUGGAUAUCCUUGCCAGAAUAACAAAGCCUAUUGUUACAAUGGCAUGUGCCAGUAUUAUGAUGCUCAGUGUCAAGUCAUCUUUGGCUCAAGUAAUCACGCCAUGGACUCUCAGUACUCUACUAUUGCAAAUAGAGUCAUUAACAUCUUUAAAUGUGGUCAGAUUUGUAGAAACUUCCAAUGUGUAAAUGCUUCUGUUCUGAAUUAUGACUGUGAUAUUCAGAAAAAGUGUCAUGGACAUGGGGUAUGUAAUAGCAAUAAGAAUUGUCACUGUGAAAAUGGCUGGGCUCCCCCAAAUUGUGAGACUAAAGGCUAUGGAGGAAGUGUGGACAGUGGACCUACGUACAAUGAAAAGAAUACUGCAUUGAGAGAUGGACUUCUGGUAUUCUUUUUUGCAAUUGUUCCCCUUAUUGUACUUGCUGCUUUUGUCUUCAUCAAGAGAGAUCAACUGUGGAAAAGCUACUUCCGAAAGAAGAGAUCACAAACAUAUGAAUCAGAUGGCAAAAACCAAGCAAAAGCUUCUAGACAGCCAGUGAGUGUUCCUCGACAUGCUUCUUCAGUGACUUCUCCCAGAGAAGUUCCUAUAUAUGCAAACAGAAUUCCAGUACCAACUUACGCAGCCAAGCAGCCUCAGCAGUUCCCAUCAAGGCCACCUCCACCACAACCGAAAGUAUCAUCUCAGGGAAAUUUAAUUCCUGCUCGUCCUGCACCUGCACCACCUUUAUAUAGUUCCCUCACUUGAAUUUUUUUUUUUUUUACCUUUACUUUUGCAGACAUCUUCAGGGAACUGAGCUAAUCCUUUUUUUUUUUCCUGAUAUUUUCUUGAAAAGCCUUUCUUCCUGCUGCAACUAUGAAUGAAAACAAAAUACCAUAAAACAAACUUUGCUAACACAGAAAAACAGAAAUUGAGUAGUGGGAAUUGAGAAAUAUAAGAAAUGCAGUAAAGUCAGGGCAUUUAGAAUAACAUUUCCAUUUCCAUCACUGAAUAAUAAGUCUUAUUCAGUCAUUCUGUGAGGUUAAUGCACCAAACAUGGAUUAUGUUAUUUUAAACAUGGUAUUGUAAUGAUUCUUAAAUUAAGUUUUGUCAUUAAAUGCUUAAAUGACAAAUUUUGACCUUAGUUGCCAUUAAUGUAGUUUCUGGUUGAACAUGUGAUUAUCUAAUACCUGUGAAAACUAAUUAGCUGUCAGUAAUAUCUAAUGUUUUUCAUCUUGCACGGACUAAUAAUCAUAUGCUAGAAUCUUGUCUAUCUCAUUCACUACACAAAUAAAGGAAUAUUCUGUCUUCAGAAGAAUGUGCAAAAUCCACAAUUUAGAUAUCAUCAUCUUAUUUUGAGAGUACAAAGUAUACUAAAAGUGUGUAUGUGUGUAUUCACACACAGUUAUUGUCUUCCUUUUUUAUGAUCGUUCUGUGGAUAAAUGAUUCCAUGGAUUCUAGGGAUAGUAGAGUCUAUGGGUCUAUCUAUGGAUAAUGAAUAUUAGAAAAAUUAAUUUAAUAAUAGAAUUUCUAUUAUGAAUCAUGUUAAAGCAUGGCAUUCUUUUACAAUAGCAUUAUUUUAAAUAAAUUAAACUUUAAGGUACGGAGUAUUUAAUAGAACUAAUCAGAUAUGCUGUUGAUACCUGGCUCUAACAAAGCAGGAGCUCUUAUAAUAUCUUCAGUCAAAUUGAGAUAUCAUAAAACCACUUGAGAAUUUCAUGAGCACUUUAAGUUUAAAAUCUGAAACUUCAAAGCUUGCUAUUAAUAUAAUUUAGAAUGUUUACAUUUACUAAGGUGUGCUGGAUCAUGUCUCUGUUGUAACUAAUGUUUUCAAAGAAAUUAGGCUGGAGAAAAGAAGUUAGAAAAGGUUUUUCUUAGUAAAAGCAAAAAAACUAGUGAGGUGUGUAGGAGUUAUUAUUCCAUCUGUGUAAAAAAUGAAUUUUUACUUCAGAAAAAAUGAUAUGGAUGGUGAAAUUUUAAACACUCAAAAAAUUUUCAUAACCUUUCAUAAUAAAAUUUAAUAAUAGGUUUAUUAACUGAAUUUCAUUAGUUUUUCAAAAAAUUUUUGUUUGUGUAUAUAUACAUAUACAAAUAUAACAUUUGCAAUAAAUAAAAGACUUGAAAUUC